AGAAAACCCUUAACUAAACCACCUAUUUCUCUCUUUCGUUUGACAUUUUCAACUACCCACCGCACAAGGCUAGUAGAUAAGACAAUAUCAGUUUUUUCUGUUGUCUUUAUUUGCUUUCCGUUUUGUGGGUCUUUCUUUUUUUUGGCUACCAUUUGUUGGUUUUUUCGGAACACAGACAAUCGUUGCCUUUCUGGGUUUGUUUUACGACAAAUCCUAUCAGAAAGUAUAUAUUUUUUCACUAUGAGUAUCAAUGUUUCUCGAUGGGAUUUUCUUAUUUCUCUGUUUGCAUAGAAACAAAAUCGUUGGUUCUGUUUUUGGCUUGCUGUUUCAAGUUCCAAGAACAUGGGGUUUGAUGAAAACGAGGAGGGAGGAGAAAAGAGUACAAGGCAAACAAUGCCAGCAAAUCAAGAGGCUAAUCAUGAUGAGGGAGAGAGGAUAAGCAGACAGAUGAGUGAGACCUCUACAUAUACAACCGAGGAGGAAGAUGAUGAGGGAAGCAAAUUAGAGUUGGGUCCUCAGUACACUCUCAAAGAACAGCUCGAGAAGGAUAAGGAUGAUGAAAGCCUGAGAAGGUGGAAGGAACAGCUUCUUGGGAGUGUUGAUCUUAACAACGUUGGAGAAACUCUUGACCCAGAUGUGAAGAUCCUUAGUCUGUCAAUCGUCUCACCUGGCAGAUCUGACAUUGUUCUUCCUAUACCUGGAGAUGGAAAUCCAACUGGUUUAUGGUUUACAUUGAAAGAAGGUAGUAAAUACCACUUGAAAUUCUCCUUCCAAGUGAGCAACAACAUAGUAUCUGGCCUUAAGUACACCAACACUGUUUGGAAAUCUGGUCUCAAGGUGGACAGCGCCAAAGAGAUGAUUGGGACAUUCAGUCCUCAGCUUGAGCCUUAUUCACAUGUGAUGCCAGAAGAGACCACCCCUUCUGGCAUUUUUGCCAGAGGAUCAUAUUCUGCUAAAUCAAAGUUUCUUGAUGAUGAUGACAAGUGCUACUUGGAGAUCAACUAUAAAUUUGACAUCCGAAAGGAAUGGGGUGCUACUUAACCGGAGAAACUUAUGAACAAACACUAGCAUAUCCCAUUAUUCAGUUGAUUUUAUUAAUUUUGAACUAGUAUUAAAUUUUAUCUAAAUAUCAAUUGCAUAAUUAUCUUAAGUCUUAAUUAUAAAAAGUUCCUACCGGUGGCAAUUGUAUGAGAGAGAUUGAGGGAUUCUUAGGUGACUGCCUGUAUAAAAAGGAGAAUUUGAACUGUCUUUUUCAUACUCUUGUAGUACUACCAUUAUUUGCAAGUUUCAAUCGGGGUUGUAUCCGGCCAUUUGUUCAUAA